GGCGUAUCUAUGGACCUAUCUUCUUCUUCUUCUUCUUCUUCUUCUUUUUCUUCUUCACCAUCUUCUUCUUCUUCUUCAUCGAGCUUUCGCGAGCUAGACGAUGUGUUCCUCCAGACUCAAACAAGAAUAUGGCUUGGGGAAGUCUUGCAGAUAAGAUUGGAGGAACAGAUGACUGUUUCUGAUUUACUUGCUGAUGGGGAAUUGCUGUUUGAAGUGUCAAAAGUAGUGUGGAAGAUGUUGUUGACAAAUCAUAGGGAGCUAAGACAUGUAAAAGCAUAUAUAAAUGAGCCAUUUGCUUCUAAGAAGAGCAGUGGGAGGUAUAUGCCUUAUUCCAAUGUCGACUCAUUUUUGAAGAUCUGCAAAAUUUUGGGAUUGACUGGCAUUGAUCUCUUCUCUCCAUCAGACGUUGUUGAGAAAAGAGACACUCGAAAAGUUUGUAUGUGUAUACGUUCCUUCUCUAGGAAAGCGAGGUCUAAGCAUUUAAAUGUUCCAGAUUUUGACGUUGUCACAUAUACGGUGGCUAUGCCUACGGAUAUGGUUGGAUGCAUUAGGAGAAGCUGGGAGCUACCUAAGUUCAGCGUUUUGAAUUCUGCUAGUGAAAACAAGAAUAAAGAUUCCAGAGAGAAAUUCAGACAGAAACAUACAAUUGCCAACUUCAGAAGAAAUUAUGACAUGCAUUCAGAGGAUUCCAAUGGCACUGAAAUUAAUCAUAUGGUAGAUAUUCAAAACCAAGAAAAGAUUGAUUAUUCACAAUGUCAAUUGGAAUCACCAUGUACGACCAAACCAGUGGGAUCUCUAUGCACACAGUGUGGGGAAUGUGAUCAUCUGCUGAAUAAUUCAUUAUCUCCGUCCUCCAUCGAUUCACAGAUCCACUUAAGUGAUGGAGUUUCUCCUAUAAGAAGUCAAGUCAAAGAUAGCAAUGAAAUUUCUGAAAUGGAUGUUCUUUAUUAUAAUUGCAGCCGGGGAUAUGGCACUUUCAUUAUGGAGGAGUCUAUAAAUGACUAUACACCAGCAUGUCGUUAUUUUGCUAAUCAGUUGCAUGGAACUGACAGCAGUGACCCUGUAUUGUAUAAUGGUGAGGACAGAGUGCUGAAUGCAUCCUCAAGUGUUGAUUCUCAUUGCUCAAACUCAACCACAAGAAUUUUUGAAAUUGAACCUAAGAGGAGACUUGCAGACAUGUUUGAUGGCGUGGAAGUAUCAUCUGUUGCCAGCAUGAGCUCUGUGUCAGAUGCAGUGCUAAACUUGGACUCGGAAGAUCGAUUUGAUACAGAUGAUGAUUCCAAGAUUGCCCAAUUUCCUGAAUUUCAGAAUGAAAAGGCUGGUUUCCUGGCCAAGAAAACCGCUAGAGGACACAGAUCGCAGGACAUUGUAAAAUAUGAGACCCAGGUGGACAGUUUAACACCUGAUUCUGAAAAGGCACAUUUUUGCAUGGAACUUGAGGAUAAAGGCUCCUCUACCAAGCUUUUGCCACUGUACCCUGAUCCAUUAAAUGUGACUGGUCAUCCAGAUCAUGUUGUUUUAUAUGACAGUGGUGUCUGUAUGUCUCAUGUGCAUUCAGAUGUAUAUGAUGAAGACAAACUGUCCCAAAUAGACUCAGAUGCUUUGAAGAAUGUGGAUUGCAUGCUACCAAGUCAGUCUCAUUUUCCACUUGAAUUUCAUAAAUGGGAUCUUAAAGGCAAAUGUGCAACUGCUAUGGUAUUGAAUGAAAAUGCUGGUCAAGGAGCUUCUCUGGUAUCUGUUUCAGAGGAUGUUUCACUUGGGGAAACUCUCCAUCAUAUGCCAGCUAAAGCUUCACGAGAUGCUUUCCAGAUCAAGGAUCUGAAAUCCUUUGUUGGAGAUAAUGAUAAGAUGUUUGGUUCAAUUGUGGUUAAUUUGGACCCUAAUGCCAAGAACCAGCGAGAUGGAUACUCUCAGGGGGUUUAUCUCAAUGAUAUCCUGGAUGGAACAUAUGAUGAUUCAAGUGCUUCACCCAAUACUGUAGCUGAUGAAGGGAGUGAAAAGUGUUCAAAAUUAAGUAGUAUAGAAUAUGAUAGUUGUUUACAGAACCAGGAUAAAAUUGGAGAUAUAGGAGGCCGAGUUAAUUGCAUGUCAGAUAUGGUAACUGUGGAUAACUCUGCUGUCCACCAUAAUUCUGUCAUUCUUGCCAACCCUAGUGAACCAACAUUGGAUGAAGAUUCCUGCUUAAAAAUUGAAAGUUCAGAAAAUGUAGAUAAAAAGGGACAUCAAGCAUGUACAUCCCUGAAGGAUCCUUUUUAUUGUUCAGAACAAAUGGACAAGGUGUACAGCCAAGAUGACAGAAUAGAUGGAAAGGCGACUACAUUGGGAGUCGAGGAUUUAGACAGAACCAAGCAUGUUGGUGAGGGAACACCAAAGUGCAAGCCCCAUAAAAGGCUACUGCUGAAAUCAGUUGUAAGCGGCACUGCUGCUUUUGGCUUGAUGUUUCUCGUGUUCCACCUCAGGAAAAGUGGCAGCGAGAAAGGAGGGGUACCAAAUAUUAAAUCUAGUCAGAUGUUGAAAGCAAAUGGUGGGAAAUCCUCAUUACAAAAGGGAGGUAGAGCAAAUGGGAUUUAUCCAGCUGAAAAGCUUAAAUUUGGAGAUUAAAUUAUGAAUAUACAAGAUAAGAGGUGAUAAUUAAUUGUUCAAACAAUGUUUCAAGGUCGGAUAAACGACGAUCUGGAAGCCAAAAUGAUGGCUGAGUUCAACUCCAUCAUGUUGCUUGUAGCUCAUGGCAGCCUGCUAUUGGUAAGCGGCUGAAAUCUAGAAGAAUGGUUGGGCCAACAAGGUGCCUGAGUUGUGAAAAGGGGAGGAAGAUUGGAUUUCCUCUGUAUCCAUCCUUGCCAUUGAGGCUUUAGUAAAAUAAGAUUGGAACUAGAACUGACAAUGAUUCCGCCGCAAUUUAUCAAAUGAAGCGAAAAAGAAAGAAACCAAGAGCGUGUAAUUUACAAAAGACGAAGUUCUGUAAUUAUUUUACAUCUUGUGGUAAAGAAGUACUACGUCGAGCUGCUACCAUAUUUUUGACACAUUCACACAAACUGGUUCUUGGUAUAAUAUUAUAUUCUAGUAUAUUUGUAUAAAUUGGUAGACCAUAUUUUUAUAAAAUACUAUGGCCGACUGUGGUUUUAAGUUA